AUGUUACGAAAUGUUAUAACAGUAGCUGAAAAAUUUCGAUCAUUGCAUGAUAUAUUUGAUGCAGCUGUGGAAGAGGACUGCAUAUUUAGUUGCCCUGGUGGUCAAAAGCCAGUGAGAAACAAGAUUCACAUACCUAAAUCAGAUGGAUGUGGAUCUUUAGGAUUUGAUGUAUAUUCCGAAUAUUUGCCACUUGAAGAGAUGACAAAAUGUUGUGAUGCACACGAUAUUUGCUAUGACACAUGUAAUAGUGGUAAAGAAAUUUGUGACUUGGAAUUCAAAAGAUGCUUGUAUAACUACUGUGAUACUUACAAAACUGUCAAUUUAGCAGGAGAUACUAUUACCAAAGGUUGCAAGGCAGCAGCAAAAUUAUUGUUUACUAGUACACUUACACUUGGCUGUAAAUCAUAUUUGGAUGCUCAAAGAAAUGCUUGUUAUUGUCCACCAACAAAGAACAAUAAGCAUAAGAAAUAUACCACUGGUGAUGGAGAACUUUAA